AUUGAGGGAGGAAGCGGAACUUGAUCGCAAAAGGGGUUAUUUUGACGUGAUGAGGCCAUGCCUUCUUGGGACGUGACCUCAACAGCAAUGCAAAUAGCCUCAAGAUAGAAUACAAUAGUUUUUUUGUAGUUUGAGUAUAUCUGUUGUGAAAACACAACUCCCCUGUAAAGCACCACAUUUUACAGCUGUGAUUCUUAUAUCGAUCGCUGCAUACAGAGAUGGCAGAGGCGCAUCAAGCUCGUGUGCAGUCAGUGAUAGAGGAUAUGGUUCAAAACUUGGAAGACCAUAUUAGAAAAAUGCAAGGUCUCAUGUUCAAAUGCAGUGCAGAAUGUUGUGAGCACUCCACGGACUCGAUGUCACAGGUGCAUCACUGUAUUGACCGCUGUCACACGCCUCUGGCCCAAGCUCAAGGAGUGGUUACCUCUGAGCUAGAAAAAUUUCAAGAUCGACUUAGCAGGUGCACUAUGCAUUGCAACGACAAAGCCAAGGACCUGUUUGACUCAGGAGACAAGGAGCCAGCGGUACGUGCACUGAUGGAAAGUUGUGUGGGCACCUGUGUGGAUGACCAUGUCAACUUAAUUCCUAGCAUGACACGCAGACUCAAAGACAACCUGGACUCUAUACCUCAGUGAGGAGAUGUGCUACAGAUAAUUCACUAGACAGCUUGGACCCAAUUCUAUAUGAGCAGGGAGGAGUUCAUAGUUUACUUAUCUCGAAUGAAGGAGAAGUAAUUAUACUAAUAACUAACAUAAUGUAAUGGUGACACUGCAGUGAAAAUAAGUUACAAUGGAAGAUCUAAUGAAGUUGGAUUUGGGAGGUUGGGUUUCUGCUUCAGAAGAUUAUUGUGAAGGCUUUACAGUCGGGGGAGGGCACAUACUUCUCAAAUACUCUGCAAACUGGCCAGUCUAUGUGCAAGGCUUGUCCAUUUCAGAUUCUUUGUCUCAGUUAAAGUACCAGGGUUUGGAAAAACCUAUUUUGUUGUGGUGUUCAAGCUGACAAGAACAGAUGAAAAACAUAGUAACCCUGAAAGAAAAAAAAAGCCUGAUAUCUCUGGUCACUGUGAACUUUUGGGAUCAAGGUGAAUUACAACACAACUGAACAGUUGUUGAUUGUUGUUGAAUGAACUCUUCCUUGUUAAUUGUGCUCUGAAAUCUUUGUUACCUUUGUGUGACUGUUCUUCCCCAUUGACCUCUGAUAUUUGUUUAGAUUGCUGUCAACGAGUGUGGAACAAACUUCACCUUGUUUGUGAAUCUGUUAAGCAUGGAAAUUAAAGAAGAUUCUUGAAUGGUCUAAUAGAAUAAUUACUAAUAGAAAAGCACAUCUGUCACCUAGAGCUUGAGGAUAAGUAUUAUAGCUGAGGUUGGUAAAUGUUUCAUAGCAGAAAAACUGUCACCAAUAGGUCCACAUCUGAAUAGCGUGGUGAUUGUAACAGGCUUGUUAAUACUUAAGAUAUUGGGGGGGGUUAACUAAACUUAAUUGAAAAUAUUGUGCAGAUGCCAUUUCCUCCUCUUGAGUUUUAUUAACAAUAGGCAUGUUCAACAGUCACAUACAGUAUGUCAGCACGGACAUAUGAUCUGUCCAAAGUACAUGUGCAGGUACAUACAAUGGUACACUUUUUUUUGCAUUUGAAUGAGGGUACAUCUAAACAAAAAAUAUUGCAAUGACAAAUGUAAUGAUCUGGAUCAUCUGUAGACACCAGUGACUAAAUCUAGGUCAUUGAAGGAGUAGUAAAGGGAUUACUGCUAUUUCACUUUGGUCCAGAUAAAUACUUUCCCACACAGUGCACUUAUCCUAGCAUUUAGUUAUUCAAAUUAAAUUAAAACACUUUGAACAAAUUGUUCAUAAGCUAAGAGUAAGUAAAGAGGAUUAAAGACAGUUAUGGAUGUACAAAAAUAGAGGUUUGUUUCCCUUUGAGUCCCCUGUUUGUAUAAUUACACAAUUCUAAUAGUACCACUGUCCUCAGGAGCGGAUAAUGUGUGGGAUGUUGAAGGUUUUUCCUAAUGUUUUCUUUCAUACAAUAUUUAAAAAUAAACAAUACUAAAUGAGAUGUCAAAAGGAAUGAAAAAGUUUAACAUAAAAGUAAGAACAUUUGAUUAAAAAAAAGAAA